GUCAAAGAUCAAGUGAUUUAUAAACAGACGCGACAGUAAAUUGCAAGAGGAUCAACGAUGGCCGGUCCUUACCUGUCACCUUUACCGGGCGACCUCUUGACAGAGUACAUGUUUGGACGACGUCGGCAACGUCGUAAUAGAACCACGUUCACCCCUCAACAGCUAAGCGAACUGGAGUCACUAUUUCAGAAGACGCAUUACCCGGAUGUGUUUCUACGGGAGGAAGUAGCCCUGCGGAUUAGCCUCUCAGAGGCUCGGGUGCAGGUGUGGUUUCAAAAUCGGAGAGCUAAAUGGCGUAAGCAGGCGAGAUUGCAGUUGCUACAGGACGCGUGGCGGAUGCGUUGCCUUGGGCUCGGCUCUCCGGCGCUCUCCAUGCCCGGUCACACCAAACCUCCGGACUCAUCCCCUGAAGGAGGCGACUCACCAACGGGGAAAGAAUCACCUGAGCCCCCUGCGGACAACAGAGAACUGAAGUCACCACGGCAGGACCACUACAUCCACAACCCAAACAUGCCAGAUCCUUUGCCACCAAUGCCUGUACAUGACAUACCCCCACUACCUUACGGAAACGAAGACAGAUUCCAACAACCCUUUUCAUUUCCUCCAAUAAUGAUGUCACAACACGACAACACAGAAAUCGGGCCCACAGACCUACGCGUUAUGCCACCUAAACCCUGCCCUUGCACUCCAGGACAAGACGAACCGCAGAACUUAGCAUACAGAAGAGAAGAUGACAACAGCGAUAGCGACACGGAGAUUGAUCUGACUUCUCACUCUAAAGACGAUGAUCUGAGGGAGUCGGAGCGAUUGGCUAGUCGGAUAGCCACGAGUAUGUUCCGAAGCGAUACGGUGCUGCACGAUCUCGUCCCAAACGAUCUUAGUCUUGGCGCCAAAAAUGGCGGCGAAAGAAAUGGGAAAAGCAAUCUGUCGGUGUAAAUGUUUAACGGCGUGUAACCUUUUUGUAUGCGAUAACUUUAUGAUCUCAAACCCUGUUAUUACACCCCUAUGUCACAUAAUGCGGGCGCAAAGGGAGUGAAUUCGACUAUUAAUAUUAAAGCGAAAUCCGACCGUAUGAAACGUCACAUUUUUUGCUCAAAGUUCUCUAAAUUGGCAAUUCCGAGGCGAUUUUCCUUUAAAUUCAAACAUCACGCAUCUGAAUAAGCAUUGAUGUAUAAUAUGUUAUUUUUAGAACUAUAAUCUUUUGUUUUUCAAAGUGAAUCAUAAUGUUAUAAUUAGUUCAUGUAGAUUACUAUAAAUAAUUCAAAUUAUUAAUCUUGUAAAAAACACUCUCGUUGAUGUCUUUUCUAUAGGAAUUCACAAUUUAAAAUAAUGACGGAAAUGUAACAUUUUAUUCUAAAAAUGUCUCCUAUAUUCUAACUUAUUUUGUUAUAUAACAAGUGUUACGCUAAUACAUUGCAAACUAGGUUCAUAUAAUAUACUCCUUUCCCCGUAUUGUUCUAAGAUAGAGCCCCAAUUAAUUCACUACUAUCUAAAUAGAGUGUAAACAAUCGUAUAAAUAUAUUGUUCUAGUCAAUAAUAAUUAAUAUUAGUCAAAUUGUAGAUAUGUAUGUAUACUCAUUUAUUCGUAUACUUAGGUUAAUGUUGUAAAUAUAAUAUUGUAUCACGUCAAAAAUAUCUGUAGAUAUC